AUGGAGCAGCAAAAGCUUUGUACGAUUGCUUGGAUGACGAAGGAUGUUGCAACGGGAGGUGAGUUAGUACGACCUUGUGCUAGUAAGAUCUCUUCGAUGGGACUUUGCAAAAAGAGGUAUUGGGAGGCACGGUUCGAGAAUAAGGAGGAGUUUGAUUGGUACUGCAAAUACUUGCACAUACGUGAACUAUUUGUGUCGUAUGUCUCCAAGACGGCACGAGUUUUGGUUCCAGGAACUGGUACAAGUCGGUUGCCAGCUGAAAUGGCCCUCGAUGGUUAUUCCGACGUGGUUGCCAUGGAUUACGCUGCGAACAUGAAGGGCUGGGAAUCCAGUUCCGUAGACUGCGUGAUUGACAAAGGCUGUCUUGAUGCCAUGCUACUCAAGCCUGAGACGGACACAGAAGAAACGAAUUAG